AUGGGUGCUAAGAAGGAAACCAACUCCACGGUAGUAAUCUGGGAUCUGGCGAGUCCAACUCCGCGUAUCAAGGCAGAACUGACGUCCGCCGCGCCGGCCUGCUACGCGCUGGCCAUCAGCCCCGACUCGAAGGUGUGCUUCUCGUGCUGCAGUGAUGGCAACAUUGCCGUGUGGGACUUGCACAACCAGACACUGGUUCGGCAGUUCCAGGGCCACACGGACGGUGCUUCCUGUAUCGACAUUAGCCCGGACGGAGUACGACUGUGGACCGGAGGUCUCGACAACACCGUGCGAUCGUGGGACCUGCGCGAAGGCCGACAACUGCAGCAACACGAUUUCAGCUCGCAAAUCUUCUCGCUGGGAUACUGUCCAACUGGUGACUGGCUUGCUGUUGGAAUGGAAAACUCGCACGUUGAAGUGCUGCACGCCACCAAACAAGACAAGUACCAGCUGCAUUUGCACGAAAGUUGCGUCCUGUCGUUGCGGUUUGCCGCCUGCGGCAAAUGGUUCGUCUCGACUGGCAAAGAUAAUCUGCUGAAUGCGUGGCGCACACCUUAUGGUGCAAGCAUAUUUCAGUCCAAAGAGACCUCAUCAGUACUCAGUUGUGAUAUUUCGACCGAUGAUAAGUACAUCGUUACCGGUUCCGGUGACAAAAAGGCCACCGUCUAUGAGGUUAUGUACUAGGCUGAACCAGCAGAGAACGCGCUGCUGUAGGCGAGAAAAGUGGAUCCCUGAUGUUUCAUUAAAAACUAAUAGCUUCAUCGAUUUCACCUAUCAACACACAACCUGUGCAGCCAUUAUCAUUUUUCAGUUUCGACAUGUUCUUAAUCCUUUUCGAUUUUGAACAUAACCAACUAGAAGAAAAAAAACAUUGAAAGUGACCUACUAUCAAAUCGGCAGCAGGAUUAUAGUUAAUUUUACCGACUGUAUCAGUUUUAAUAUAGUUUAGUUCAAGCUUGAGGCAGGAAAACAAAACAACAUCAACAUAACUCACGUAAACGUUAUGCAACAGCAGAAAGAAUCUUCUUACUCGUAGGCUGCUAGGCGAUACACGGAUUGCACUCACACAGCCAAAUGUGCUCUAAUGGUAGUGUUGCACCGGUAAGAAAAAAAAACGGCACCACAAAAAAGAAUGCUACAAUUGUUGAGCGAUAGGCGCCGCGUACGGUUUAAGUAACUUAAAGCUGAAGUUUAAACAAACAAAUCAAAGAAUUAAUUGUAGAGCGUAUAGCGAAACCCGGAAGAGGACGAAGGAGGAAGAAAAAAAACAUUAACUUAAUUAUCAAACAGAAAACCUUAGUGAUUGAUUACCGUAAAAUAAUGAAAAUGAAGAGUAUUGUACAGUAUUUGAACAACUCGUAAUGUUAAUUAUAUGAUUAAGAUCAGGAGAAACAACAAAAAAAAAACAAAAACGUUCAGAGAUCCCUUGAGGUUUCAAGUAAAAAAAUAUCUCAAACGAAAAGUUUUGACUGUAAAAAGCAAACACACACACAUACAUACACACAAUUCGAGAUGUACAUCUAAUUGUUUUUUCUUUUCAACUCCUUGUACCAAUGGAAUAGCAAAAGAAGAUAAGAGAAAAAAAAUCGGUGUCCGUUUGUUCUACUUUGAAAAAAAAAAAAAAAAAGAUAUAAAACAUUUUUCAUCAUCCUUUAGAAAUCUAUGUAUAAUUACCGAGCGAAGGCGGAGAAAAGGGAAGCGCAAAAUUUUCCUCAGCCACAAUUAUAACUGCUGCUUGCUAUCAUCUCUUAUAGCGAUUAGAACAGAACAGAACCCAGGAUAGGUCACCAGAGGUAAUCCGGAACAGUGUGGGAGAAAGGGUUACCGCCUAUUUAUUCUUCAGCACAGAAAAAUUGAACAUAAAUCCGCAACCAGAGGGCGGCAGGCAGAGGGUUACUGUGUGGAAGCUCAAAUGUGAGAAGUCGCGGAAGUGAAAGUCCACUUCCGGAUUUUAUUCUCUAGUAGCUAGAUGAAAAGAGAGAGCGAAAAAAAAACACUACACAGGCACACAGCGAACCAUUACAAAUGUGAGGAGAAAAAUCUGCGCAUAAACCCAGCAACACUGGAAAGUUCAAUAUAAAUAUUAUAAAUAAAUAUUUUUAGACAUGAAAAGAUUA